ACAACUAUUACGAUUUAUACCACAUAUUAAUAAAAAUACAGUUUUAGCAAGUGGAUCUUCUUCCUCAGAGGUUGGGCUGACUGCCUCAAUUAUAAAAGAAGGGUAUGAAAGCUAUUUAGAAGCAGGUUCUAUGGUUCUUGCAGACGGAGGUGUUUUAUGUAUUGAUGAAUUUGAUAAAAUGGAUAAAAAGAAUUACGAAAGUAUUUUGGAACCAAUGGAGCAACAAACAGUAACCAUUUCAAAAGCAGGUAUUCAUUCAUCUUUAAAUGCUCGUUGUUCAGUUUUUGCUGUUGCAAAUCCUUUUACAAUAAGUGCUCCACUUGCAUCUCGUUUUGAUAUUAUUUUAAGAAUUUAUGAUAAACCUCAUCAAAAAUAUGAUAGAUUAGCAGCAACACACAUUAUUAAUAAUCAUUCUAAUUUUAAAAGUAAUGAUGAGGAUGAUAUUAAUGAUGAUGAUGAUGAGUAUGAUCUAAUACUUAAUUAUAUUGAUAUAGUAAAACAAAAUUUCAAUCCAUUAUUAAACGAAGAAGUUAGAAAAGAAAUAGUGAAUUACUAUGUUUUGGAAAGAAAUAUCAGACCUCAUCUUACAGUUCGUUAUUUAGAAUCAAUUAUUCGUUUAUGUGAAGCAAAUGCCAAAUUAAGAUGUAGUAAUGAAGUUGAAUCUAUAGAUUUUAAAGAAGUUAAAGAAAUUAUUAAUUCAAAAUAUAUUUUUAAAGACACCACCCAUUUAAAUAAUAAACAAUUAUUAUUUUAAAAGAUAUUAUUAUUAAAU